ACUUCAACUCCAACCAGCUCCCACCAUUGACGAUUGAAGCUUCACCCAGCUUCAAUCAAUUGAACUCGUCGCUCAAGAUGAUGUUGUCUCGAGCUGCACGGCCAGCUUUGAAAGCUGUGGCACCCUUGCGAACUUUCGCAACGCUCCGGGAGAUUGAGGACAGACUCAAGUCGAUUCGUAACAUCGAAAAGAUCACGAAUACCAUGAAGAUUGUGGCUUCCACGAAACUCACGAGGGCCCAACGUGCGAUGCAUGAAUCGAGAAAGUACGGCCAAACAUCCAAUACCGUAUUCGAGCAAGCCGAGACGAAGCCAUUGGAGGGAGAUGACAAGAAGACAUUGAUCGUUGUUGCCAGCUCGGACAAGGGCCUCUGUGGUGGUAUCCACUCCGGCUUGACAAAGCGUGUCCGCAAAAUGCUUAUUGAGAAGCCAAACGCCGAUAUCGUUAUUUUGGGCGAGAAGUGCAAGGCGCAAUUGUCUCGAUCGAGCGCCAAAAACAUACAAUUGAGCUUUGCUGGUAUUGGGAAGGAUAUCCCUACGUUUGCAGACGCUCAAGCGAUUGCCGACCAGAUCUCUCUCCUCCCAUCGGACUAUGGAUCCAUCCAGAUUGUCUACAACAAGUUCAUCAAUGCCACCAGUUACGAGGCUACCCCAAUUGAGGCUUUCUCCGAAGAGGCUAUUGUCAACUCUCCCAACUUCGCUGCUUUCGAAAUCGACGACGAAGUCCUUUCCAACCUCCGCGAAUAUGCUUUGUCCAACGCUCUGUUCUGGGCACUCGCUGAGGGACACGCCUGUGAACAAUCUGCCCGCCGUAAUGCUAUGGAUAACGCUUCCAAGAACGCCGGAGAUAUGAUCACCAAAUACCAGAUUCUCUUCAACCGAACACGUCAAGCCGUCAUUACCGGCGAGUUGGUCGAAAUUAUCACUGGUGCGGCGGCUUCGGAAGAGUAAGGGGUUUGUGCAUAUGUAGUCUAGUCAAGAGUUUCUGGUCAUUCCUGGCCUGAUAGAGCCGAUUUCAUUCUGUAUCAAUGCAUGAAAACCUAAGUUGAACCUCGAGAUAUUUGCAAAAAAUAUCAACACACGAUCAAUAUGCGAUUGGAAUGGGAUUUUGAUUUCUACCUUUUAGUAACCGGAACCCAUCGUUCUAACGUUUAUGUUCUAC